UUUGUUGUUUAUUUCUGUCAAUAAUAUUAUUUAAAUUAACUAAUCAAUGCAUGCCACAGACGGCUCAUUGUGAUAACUCUACCACUAAAAGUGGAUGUUGCAAAGGUCCAGACUAUUGUAUACAUACUCCUUUAGGAUGUGGUUAUGAAUGUUCGGAUAAUAGUAAAUGUAUUAAAGAAGGUAAAACAUGUGAUUAUUUAAAAGAUGGAUGUUGUUAUGGAAUGAAAUGUGUUGCGUCUUCAAAAACAUGUAAACAAUGUUCAUUCAAUAAAUGUACAACAACUGAUGAUUGCUGCAUUGGUCAUUGUGCUAAUGGAAAAUGUUAUAAAUAUAUUGACUGUUAA